UCCCCGAGGCCUGCACCGCCUGCACCUGCCCGGCCGGCCGCGGUGCGCACACCCCGGGCUGGAUCCACCCGCCCUGCCGCCAUCCCGGGGGUGAACUCCACCUGCUCCCGCACUCCUGUCCGGGUUUACCCAGUUUUAGGAUCACAGGCCCCCAGGUGCCGGGUUACCCACGCCAAGGCCCCGCUCCCACCCCUCCAGGUCGGACCUCUGCCAACAUGGUCCAACCCCAGACGUCAAAAGCAGAGACCCCCGCCCCUGCAGCCGCUACCGGUGCCCAGAUGGAUGACGUCAUCGACACCCUGACCUCCCUGCGCCUCACCAACUCGGCGCUGAGGCGGGAGGCCUCCACCCUGCGGGCGGAGAAGGCGAACCUCACCAACAUGCUGGAGAGCGUGAUGGCGGAGCUGACCCUGCUGCGCACCAGGGCUCGGAUCCCGGGGGCGCUGCAGAUCACCCCGCCCAUCUCGGCCAUGACCUCCAACGGCACGCGACCCAUGACCACGCCGCCCACCUCUCUGCCCGAGCCUUUCUCGGGAGACCCCGGCCAGCUCGCGGGCUUCCUGAUGCAGAUGGACAGGUUCAUGAUCUUCCAGGCCGCGCGCUUCCCCGGCGAAGCCGAGCGGGUGGCGUUCCUGGUGUCGCGGCUGACGGGGGAGGCGGAGAAGUGGGCCAUCCCGCACAUGCAGCCCGACAGCCCCCUGCGAAACAACUACCAGGGCUUCCUGGCAGAGCUGCGGAGAACCUACAAGUCCCCGCUGCGGCAGGCGCGGCGCGCGCAGAUCAGGAAGACCAGCGCCGGCCCUGCCCACCCGCGCUCGGAACCUUUAAGAGCCGCCACCCGCCUGGUUGCCCUAGGCAGCCGGGCCCUGGGCCCUCUGUACUUCCUCCGAGUUUUGGUGACGCCGGGAAAAGUGACCGCUCCUGACGCAGCCGCUGCCAUGCAAGGCCAGGGCGUUCAGUGGCUGCUGAUGUUCGUGGUCACGGCUUCCGCUCACCGUAAACUCCGUUAGCCCGUUGCCCUGCUCAACAACUGCCUGCAUACAGGCCACAGGCCCCUGAGUCCGACCGUGCCGCUCAGGGGACAUGGUGCUCAUUAAGCAUGAUGGGGGCUGCAGUGGAGCCCCGAUUCCCGGGGUGGCACCUCUGAGGGUGUGCCCGUCAUUUUCUCAGUGCUCAGCUUUCUCCUGCCUGUCUGCUAGGUAGAGGCGGCCCCCGAUGAGGGGGUACAGUGGCACCCGGGAAAAGGAAGCCCACAGGGGUAACACACCUUGAAGGUUCCUGUGUGCCCGGCCCAGCCCGGGUAGGAGACGCAGCAGGGGAGCAGGGCGGGAACGCUGCUCUCAGCAACCCCGGGUCUACCGAGUGCUUGUAGAAACCCUGUGGCGUGCUGUACAAGUCCUGUCAGUCAUACUGCUCACAGCAGGACGGGCCGUGGCCGUCCCCCCAUCACCUGGCCCUUUGUGUGUGGGGCGUGCCCCGCCCAGGCAGCUGCUCGGCCUCGUUGGUUCCGUUGGUUCCAUUGCGUUGCGUCUUGGUGCUUGGCCCCUCCGUGGCCGGGCUGCUUCCUGCAGCCGUGGGAACGAGCAGGUGAGGGAGCUGGUGUCAGCCUGAGGGGCAGUGUUUCUCACGGUGACUGCUCUCUGGUCUCCGCGAGCCGCUAGGAAGUGAGCUUCGUUUCCUCCAGAUGGGACUCAGGUGAGGGCGGCCUCCUGGCCUCAGACAUGGUGUGACCUGGGGAGUAACAGUCCUGCAGCGUGUCAGUGACCUCCAGGACAAGCAGGGACCCACCUCGCGGUGCCAGGUGGGCACGGAGGAGGGAGCCGGGAGCAGGAGUGCAGGUAAGGCUCCUGGUGCACAGGCUCACCGGGUGGCCAGGACCCUGACAGCCCACGGAGGCACUGCAGGGAGGGUGGGCGUGUACCUGGGGGCAGGCCCUGGGAUUGUAUGAGGGACGCGUGCUGGGGCCACCGGCCGUGAGCGGAGCUUAGUGGAGGAG